AUGGGUGGAUAUGGAGGAUCAAGAACUGUGUUUGGUAUUAUUCCUGUUGYUGAGUACUAUAAAGACGGAGCAGUGAUGGAGCUUGGAAGAAAUGGCGGUGAGAAAUGGAGGAUUGUUGGAGAUACAGAAAUACAAGUGAUCAUGGAACAAGACAAGACGAGUUGCAUUUGUAAUGAUCAUACUCCAUAUGAUUGA